GGCGGCGUCCUGAAGAACCCCGAGAAGCAGAAGGCGAUCAACUCGCUCUACAAAGUGCCGACUCCCCGGCGCUUGGAAGAGUUGAACGAGCUGAAGGAUGCCAUGGCAAAUCUCAAGGGCCUUCGCCAGGAGUUGGAGGCCAAGCUCGGCUUCAAUGCCUCGGUGCCGACUCUUUACUCCGAGGCGAACUUGGAGCAGAUGGUCCAACUCAUGGACGACGGGGUGGCCGGCGAUGGGGAGACGUCCUCCAUGCGCGGGGCCACGCAGGAGGAAUGCGAAGAGUAA